AUGUCUAUGUACCCAGAUAUAUCACUAGCUGAGAAUGUGGUCGAUGCUCAUUUUGUUGCUGGGCCCGCUCUGGCUCAAGCGCUGGAGACACCGCGACGCAUUGACAAUGUCCAUCAUUUCCGAAUAGCUCAACUCGGGCGACGCCGGCACCCGCGGGACGUUUGUGCUGUUUUUCGCCGACGCCAGCGGCGACCGCUGGGAAUCCAACGGCGACCGCUGGAGCUCCAACGGCGGGCGAUGUGGGUCCAAGGGCGACCGCUGCGGGUCCUCCGAUCGGGGCGGCGCAAUCGUGUAGGCGGCGCCGCGGGAAAACGACGCGCGCGCAGAGGGCGGCGCGGCGUCCGAGAACGAGUAUGUGCGGGCGCCGCGCGCCGAGGCGCCGCCCGAGGCACCGCCCGAGGUGCGGCCGUAGCGGAGCUCGCCGAAGCCCGCGUCGCCCGGCGCAAGACACUCGGCCGGGAAGUCUGCGCCAAAAAGCGGCACCAACUGGAAGCGGAUGUAGUAGCAGAAGCGGCGCGCGAGGCGGCGGCACAAGGCAUGCGGCACCCAGGUGCCCUGGAUCUUGAGAAAACCACCGCGGACCCGCUUGAUGCUGGCGUGGAGCUCUUUGGGCGUCGACUCGAGCAACUUGACGAUAUCGGCCUUGGGCGGCGCGCGCAACUUGUCGUGGUCCGCCUGCGGACUGUGCUGUUGCGCGGCGCGCCAGAGACUGGUCAAAAGAACGUUGCCCGUCUCGUGGUCCCAGAUGAUCCACUGGGAGCCGACCUGGUACUCGUAGACGGACAAGUGGGCGCGGUCCGGGUCCAAGGCGGGCGCGCUGUAUUGUUUGGCGGUGAUUUGCAGGUAGAUGCGGCGGAGCGGCGCAAGCUGGUGGGGCGGGAUUUUGUCUUCGGGCAACGGGUGGAUGGGGAAGUUGGCCGGGCGCGCGAGCGGCCACGAGUGCAGUUUGGGCAGCACGGCGCGCGCGAGCGAGCGGCGGCGGCGCUUUUUCGGCGCGGGCGCCACGAAGCGGAAGCGGUCGAAGAAGUCGCGGUCGCGGCCACAGUCGGGGCCAAAGUCGGGCGGGAGCGGGAAGUGCGUGGUCAAGUGGGAAAUGGGCGGCAAGCGGGGCAUGGUUACUAUGACUGGAACGGUGGAUUAGAACUGGUAGAACUGGACUGGUAG